AUGGAGAAUAUGGAAUGCUCGACGCAAUAUUCUUGUUUGCCUCAAGGCGCGUUACUGUUGCCAUGUUUGAGAACAAUACCAACUUUUCGCUCCUUCCUUUCUCCUUAUUUGGGGGCAGCUUGCGUCACGUGUGUUACCGCUGAGGGAUCACAGGCGGCAGAUGUUCUCUGCUUGUUACCCCUUAACCCAACAUCGGUUACUGAAAUGAAAGACGUGAUAGUUCCCAUGGAUUCAUCAUUGCUUGUUUAUAGCGCGUUCUCGGGUGCCAAUUGUGGCACUGAUUUUGGAGGUGAUGAAAGUCAUUAUGAUUGUCCAUAUUUCGCCUACAAUAAUGUGUUUUCAAGAAUGGUGUCUGUACCGAUGACACCAUUUUAG